ACUGAGCGAAAUCGGCAUCUUGGACGUUUCGGGGUCUGCAUGAGGCCGCUUUCGAUAGCAUCAGCCCUUGAACGACAUGUAGUCUACAUAUUCUUAGAGAUCUUCAACACCACGCUUGGAUUACCCGAAGCAGCAUUUCAAAAACAAAGCGAUGGAAGAAACCCAGCCAGAAUGGGAUUGUUGCCAAGUUUGCCCAUUGCUACGAUCUCCAUUCCCCUGAUAUUUUUGUACUUCUGAUGUUGGGUGGCUGAACUAACAGUCGGAUCCGGCGGGAA